CCAGAUCCAUGGCUGUCCGACCACGCCGAUCUGGAUCGAGUCUUCGUUGCCGGCGAUAGCGCCGGCGCCAACAUUUCCCACCAUAUGGCGUUGAGAGCACGGGAAGAAUCGGAGGCGCGAGUUGCCAUCAAGGGGGUCGCAUUGAUUCACCCAUACUUUUGGGGAUCGGAGCCGGUGGGCUCUGAAUCGACCGAUCCCGGAUCCCGAUCUCGCGUGGAAAAAAUGUGGCAAUUCGUGUGCCGUAAUUCCACCGGGCCAGACGAUCCUUGGAUAAACCCUAUGGCCGAUGAUGCGCCAGGCCUCGCUUCUUUGGGAUGCCAGCAGCUGCUUCUCACUGUAGCCGAAAGGGAUGCCCUCAAGCACAGAGGAAAAGUUUAUUAUGAAAAGAUUAAGGAGAGUGGGUGGGGAGGCGAGGCGGAGCUGGUGGAGACGCCGGAUUCCGAUCAUGUUUUCCAUCUUUUUAAUCCUGAUACUGAGAAGGCGAAGGACAUGGUUCAGCUUUUGGCCGAUUUCUUCAACAAAGAAUAGGCUUGAUUCUGAGCCCGGUCGUCUUCUUCAUCGGAUCGUCUGUAUUAUCUAAAUAAUUGAUCGAUUUGAUCACUUUGGCGAUUAGAUUAUCUGUUUUGAUUCUUCCUCUGAAAUGUAAGAGUGAUCGAUCUCUUGUAUUUGGCUUUGUGAAACUUGAGAAAAAUCUGUUGGUGAUGAUUGAUCA